AUGCAGGCUCUCGAAGCUAGCCUGAAGACCCUUUUGGGAUCGCUGCCACACGGGCCCGACAAGCGGACACUCGACAGCCUGGUGGCCGAGACUCUCGCAACGACCAAGAGCAAAUCACCCGCCGACAUUCGCAAGAAUCAAUGGGAGUACGUGCUGAAGAAUGAGAUCUUCACGCUUGCGGCGACCGAGGGCACGGCCCUGCAGGACCCGAACACGACGUACUACAGCGAGCUCCGCGAAAGGCUCGACGUCGUCCUGACGUUCACCGAGCACGAUGCCUGCGAGCAGACCGUCCCGUUCAACGUGCUGCAGGACCUGCUCGAGACGCAGACGAUCGCCUCCUGCUCGCACAUCUUCUCCUGGAUCGAGGAGCGCGCGGACCGCCUCACCGCGGGCAUGGUCCCGCAGAAGGGCAAGGCGCUCGUCCUGCUCCGCACGCUGAACGACCUCCUGCGGCGCCUGUCGAAGAUGGGCAACACGACGCUGUUCUGCGGGCGCAUCCUCACGUUCCUCAGCCAGGUGUUCCCUCUCGGCGAGCGGAGUGGCGUGAACCUGCGGGGCGAGUAUGGGUCCGUGUGGGAGGGUCCAGGGGUAAAGAAGCCGGAGCCGGUGAUAAAGACUGAACCGAAAAAAGAUGCUGGAGAGGACAAGAUGCAGGUUGACGAGCCGCAGGCUGAGGAGAAACCAGACCCGGAGGCGAAGAAAAGGGAGCAGAAACAAGAGUUCUAUGAAACAUUUUGGUCACUCCAGCUACCGUUCUCGCGGCCACCGCUCUUUGCGGAACCUGGCGCCUUUGGUAGGUUCAAGGAGGCUGUGAACAAGGUGCUCCCUGUCAUAAAGGAAGCGACAGCCAAGGAGCGCGCACUCAUGGGGAGUAAGACAUCGUCCGGAGGUGCUAGCCAUUUGCUCAAGCGGAAACGCGACUCUGAGCCUGUAGAGGACAACGCCGGGCGUGACUACUUCUUUGCGAGAUAUCUGACUAGUCCUGAGCUACUCGACCUCGAGAUCGCAGACACUCAUUUCCGACGACAAUUCCUCUUCCAACUGCUCAUCCUCCUCAACCACCUCCUGACCUUCACCAAGCCCGCUAAAUCGGCAUGGUCAACGUCACGGAACCGCUCGCUCCAGAUCGACUUUACGUUGGACCCCACAGACUCGCAGUGGGUGCACGAAAUGGCGGCGAAGGUAGCCGAGGAGCUGCGGCAGACCUCACCCAACGGGCGCGCGUUUGCGGAUACCGUGCACGUCGUCCUCGAGCGCGAGAAGAACUGGGUGCGCUGGAAAAACGAGCUGUGCCUACCGUUCGAUAAGAAGCCGUGGGCGCAGGAUAUGGUGGACGAGAGCGGGACAACGAGGAAGGUGGGCCUGGAGGAGGCGACGAGAGAGCAGCGGAAGAAGAUGCGCAUGGAUCCGGAGCCGUGGCCGCACAGGCUUGGCUCUGCGCCGUUGACAGAGAUUUGGGCGAUGGGCUACCGAGACCUGAGCGACUUGGAACAUCCAUUCCAGCCAGGAGACGUAAAAGACUUUGUCAAGAAGGUCAAGCAGGAGGAUGCGCGGAUAGACAUGCGCAAGAAACAACUUACGAAAGCGGCGGAACGGAUCGCGCAGGCGCGGGCAAAGGCAGCAGCGGCAAGGGAGGCGGCAGCAUCUCCCGCGAAGGAGCCUGCACUAGCACAGGAAACGACUGCACCUGCGCCAGCGCAGACAUCACCACGUCCGACAUCGGCGUCUGCACCGCUGCACCCGUCAUUACCAGCGAAACCUGGGACUGCGCCGCCCACCUCUGCAUCAAUGGAUAGCGUCGCCCAGCCUACGCCCGCUCUAACGCCUGCACCAGCACCUGUGGCGACACCCAGUCCUGCCCCUGCCCCUGCAGCCCCAGAGCCCGCGCCGACCCUCCCGGCCGAUGAGAUCAUUGCGGGUUACGAAGAGAGCAAGAACCGCUGGGCGUGGCUCGCGCUGCGGACCGCGCGGGACACGUAUCUGCAGCACUUCGGGAAGAUCGGCACGGGGGAUAUCCUGCUGCUCAUGCAGGAGAUCGAGAAAGAGAAGAAGGAGCGCGAGGAGCGCGAGCGCGCGGCGACGGAGGAGACCGCCAGGAGGUCCCUGCGUGUGCUCGUUACCGGCGGUGCAGGCUACAUCGGCUCGCAUGUGAUCUACUCGCUGCAAGAGACCCGCCGCUACAAGGUCAUUUCGAUCGACAACCAUCACAACUCGACGCCCAAGGCGCUCCUCCGCGUCGCCGAGCUCGCGCGGAACAGCCUUCCCGCGGACGCAUCGGAGCAGGACAAGGAGAGCGCGGAGAUUGAUGCGCACCGCGCAGACCUCACCAAGCCGGACGAGAUCCGCGCAGUGUUCGAGAAGUACGGCAAGGGCGGGAUCUGGGGUGUCGUCCACAUCGCUGCCUACAAGGCAGUCGGUGAAUCGACAGAGGUUCCGUUGACCUACUAUGCGAACAACGUCGGCGCGACUGUCUCCCUCCUCCAGAUCAUGAAGGAAUUCGACUGCUCGAGAAUCGUAUACUCGUCCAGCGCGACGGUGUACGGCGUUCCGCCGGUCAUCCCCAUCCCGGAGACAACACGCCUGCAGGCGCAGAGCCCGUAUGGCAAGACGAAGGUGAUGAGCGAGACGAUCAUCGAAGAUCUCUGCAGUGCGGAGCCGAAGAAAUGGCGGGCCCUGUCGCUGCGGUACUUCAACCCCGCAGGUGCCCACCCCUCAGGCCUCAUCGGCGAGGACCCCCUCGGUCGUCCGGGCAACUUGCUGCCUCUGCUGGCGCAAAUGGCAGUUGGGCGUGUCAAGGACCCGAAGCUGUCCGUGUUCGGCAAUGACUACCCGACUCCCGACGGCACAUGCGUGCGUGAUUACCUGCACGUACUCGACCUUGCCAAGGGGCACCUGCUCGCGCUGGAAGCGCUGGAGCCGAACUCCACGGUGUUCGACAGCUGCCCGACCGAGACGCGCUACAAGGCGUACAACCUCGGCAAGGGCAAGGGCAUGAGUGUGCUCCAGAUCGUGGAGGCCAUGCGCAAAGCCACGGGCUUCGACUACAAGUACGAGAUUGUCGGUCGCAGAAAGGGCGAUGUCCCUGACCUGACCGCAGACCCGUCGAUCGCGGAGAAAGAGCUCGGGUUCACCGCGCCUCAGACGCUGGAGACCAUGUGCCGCGACUUGUGGAACUGGCAGACGAAGAACCCCAAUGGCUACGAGGGAUAAUGUGGCUUAUGCUUGAUGCUGCGACGAGUGCGAGAAUGAAGAACAACCACGCAGACGGAUAUACCUGCGAUGUCUAAAUUGUAUUACAUAGCUGCGCCUUCUGAGAGCGGACAGCCUAUGAUACUUGUUUAUUAAUAGUGAUGUCGACGCGUUUUGAGAAUAGAAUGCCUUGUGUACUGUGU